AUGGGUGUAAAAGGUGCGGACUGUCCGGACGGUUUCGAGGUUCACCAGGGUGCCUGCUACUUCUUCAGCCAUGGAGAAGAAACAUGGACGGGUGCUUAUGACAGCUGUGUGAUACUCGGUGGACAUCUUGUGGAGGUAAAUGACGUUAUGGAGGAUACGUACCUGUCAGGAAGGACCAGAACACUCGGUGAUUACUUCUGGAUCGGUUUGGAGGACAAGGCGGUUGAAGGGGAGUGGAUGUGGGCUUCCUCGCACAGCAGUCUUGAACCAGACGCGUACACAAACUGGGGAUCAAGCGAGCCUGACGGGCGGCCAGAUCAGAACUGCGUUUUGUACGCCCCGUCCAGGAAUUACCAGUGGGCCGAUGCUAUAUGCACUCGGACACAGAAAUACAUCUGCGAGAAAAGCGCUGAUGAACCAGUCGUUGUUGGUUAA